AUGGCCGACUUUGUUGUCGUCGGCGCUGGAGUGUCCGGGCUCACCUCUUCGCUGACGUUGGCUAAGGCCUACCCGACGAAACAGAUUGUCGUGGUGGCACAAAAUCUACCCAGCGAUGCCCAGCUACCCGCCACCUACGCCUCUGCAUUUGCGGGUGCCAACUUUAUGCCCAUGGCCGAUGCCGCCAACAGCCGCUGGGAACGAAGCUCCUGGCCCGAAUUUGCCCGGUUGGCACAAUAUGUGCCCGAAGCAGGCGUUGUUUUCCGCGACGUCAAGCUGCUCGGGCGCCACAAAGACCGCGAUACCGCCACUGGCCAGUGGUUUCAGACCCUGAUGGCUCCAGACCCCUGGUUUGCUACAGUCGUGCCCGGAUAUCGCUCCCUCGAGCCGGCCGAGAUCCCGGGCGGCUAUGACUUCGGCGCCACCUUCCAGUCCAUUUGCAUCAACGUGCCGCUCUACUUGCAGUGGCUGGUCGGCCAGUGUCUGCAACACGGUGUCAACUUCCGCCGCCAAUGUCUGGCCCAUCUGAAUGACGCCUGGACCGGGCCCGGGGUCUCGUCUCGGACCAUUGUCGUGAAUUGUACCGGUCUUGGCGCUGCGACCCUCGGUGGGGUGCAGGACGACCGCGUGGUACCCUCCAGGGGCCAAAUUCUACUGGUGCAGAACGAGCUUAUUGACCCCAGCACAGGUGAGCCAGGUUCCAUGAUCGUCACGUCUGGCUCCGAUGAUAGCCCGGACGAGUUGUGUUAUAUCAUGCAGCGACCGGCGGGUGGGGGGACCGUUGUCGGCGGCUGCUACCAGGCAGGCUGCUGGAACACGGAGAUCGAUACCAGUCUAACAAAACGAAUAACCAAUCGCGCUCGGGCUAUGUGGCCCUUAGGCUUCGACCAAACGACGCAUGCCAACAUGACGCUAGACGUCGUGGCCCAGGCCGUGGGCUUCCGGCCUGUCCGCAAAGGCGGCGUCCGCGUUGAAAAGCAACUGCUUGCUAGACACAACAGAUGGGUCGUGCACAACUAUGGGCAUGGUGGUUGGGGAUAUCAAGGAUCGUAUGGUUGUGCGGAAGGCGUGGUUGAGCUUGCAAACGAGAUCCUGGAGACCCAAGGUGGCAUAGCAAAGCUGUGA